AUGUGGAAGUUUACUCUCAGGCUCUUGACAGUGGUGUCACUCACGGCAGGUGUGUCCUGCACUCUGGAACCCUGGGAGAGGAAGAUCAGUGACGGUCUAGGCAAUGUCAACCUUGACACCUCAACAGCCAACGCCGAUGCUCAGGAUUAUUUCAUCUUUGGCCUGAAGCUGGUGAUAUCAUUUUGGCAUGACCUGGCCGAAGAGUCUUUCCGUAAGGCGCAGCAGCUGGACCCUGCGUUCGCCAUGGCAUACUGGGGCGAGGCCCUGUGCAAAAAGUGGUUUCUGUGGAACAGCGACUUCCCGGACGACGCCAACGCCAUCUUGCGUCGGAUGGACGAGAACAACCCGACGAUGAAUGCUCAUGAAACAAUGUACAUCGAUGCCGUACGGGCUCUUUUUAAGAAUGCCACCGACGAAAAUAUUCGCCAAAGAGAUCAAGAUUUUUCGACCAAAAUGGCGUCCCUGGUAGAGGCAUACCCAGGCGACCACGUCGCAGCCGCCUAUUACUCAAUUUCGUUACUAGAACUCAACAAACUAGACGAAGCCAGAGACGUUUUAACCAGUCUUUUGAAGGCAGACCCCAACCAUCCCGCCGGCCUCCAUUUUGCCUUACACGCUUUUGACUUCCAUCAAGAGGGCGUGGCGGAGAAGGGCUUGGCUGCAGCUGACAGGUACCCCACGAUAGUCUCUCAGGCGUCGCACGGCGACCACAUGCCCGCGCACAUCUACAUAAGACUAGGGAUGUGGAAGGAAGCGGUCAAGGUAGAGAGAGUUGCCCUGAAAGCGGGGGAUGAUUUCACGAACGAGAGAAAGAACGGGAGCGACUCUUACGACAAGUGGAACCGGUAUCAUUCUCUUGAGUACUUACAGUAUUAUCUUUUACAACAAGCCCGUUUUAAAGAAGCUGCACAAUUACUAGAGCGCAUGCGCAAAGUUAUACAGGCAAAACCAGAUGAUCUUUUCUUCCGCCAGACCUGGUACAGAAUGGCUGCGCGCCAGUAUCUGGAGUCAAGAAACUAUGACGUGGGCCCGGUAAUUUUUGAUCCUCCAGCCUACGUUCCGCUGGAAAGCGACAUGUUUUGGUCGUCAUUUACGGAAGCUGGUUAUCUACAAUCUAGGGCAAUGCAAGCCAUGAAAUUAAAGUUUGCAAACGCUACGCAGUUAACUAACGACGCUCUCUCCCGUAUUGAUGCUCUGAUCAGUGCAACAGAACCGAAGGCGUCUUGGGAUUACGUCACCAAAGCUGUGAAGAUAUUGAAACUGCAACUACAGGCAGCUAGGGAAAUCAGUGGCGGUAAAUCCCCAGAAGCUCUCAAACUGAUGCAGCAAGCUACUGGCAUCCAGGACACCAUGGUUCUCCUGCCAAGUAGCCCCACUCUCCUGUUUAUACCAACCUACGAAUUCUACGGAGACAUCAUGCACGAAUACGGCAACGAGCCAGCAACGGCCCUCUAUGUCCAGUCUCAGGCCAUGUACCCAAACAGAGCUGCGUGGUCUUUUAAGCGGAUCUAG